AUGGUCGUUAGCUCAUCGCAGAGCAUCCUCAAGACAGGCUCCUUCUCUGGCUUUCGCGCAUUGCAGGAGCAGCUUGGUAGUGGAUAUCUCACGGCGGAUAAAUCGAGAUCUCAACCGUUAUGCGGUAACAAGGAGGGAUGGGGCCCAUUGAGUCCUCAUCGUUAUGACUUUACACCGUGUUUUAUGGACGUUUGGGUGAGCUCUGUGGCGGCCUUUGGAAUCUUAGGCGGUGCUAUCGCUAUAUGGUGGCUCGUAAGAAGGAAGACUACGGCGGAAGUAAGGAAAGACUGGCAUUUUUGGCUUAAGCAGGCCAUCAUAAUAGGAAUCGCAACCUCAGUCGCAGUACAACUCGUUAUACAGAUACUUAACUACCCCGAUGUGUGGGCGGGUGAUUUUAGAUUCUGGACCAGUCUUAUACAAAUCGCAUCUCUUGGUUUUAUCUUUACCAUUCAAUGGCUCGAGCAUACCCGACUACGCAAUCCCAACGGCGUUGUACUCUUUUACUGGCUCCUUCUCAACAUUGCAUACGCAGUCAAGCUCCGGUCGUUGAUAUCUCAACAAAUCUACCACGAGCAUCUUCCAUACUUCAUCGCAUACUGUGUGGGAUUCGGGCUAUCGUUAAUUGAAUUUGGCUUGGAAUGGCUUGUGCCAAAGAAGCAGAGCGUAUAUUCGGCAUUGGAAGAUGAAGAUGAAUGCCCUGUCGAAUAUGCUACUGUAUUUUCGAUCCUCACAUUUGGUUGGAUGACCCCUAUGAUGAAACAAGGUUACAAGAAAUAUCUCACAGAGGAUGAUCUAUGGAACCUGGCUAAAAGGGAUACCACCAAGUCAUGUAGCGAGACGUUCCAGGAGGCCUGGGAUUAUGAAAUCGAACACAAGAAAAACCCAUCUCUUUGGAUGGCUAUCUUCAGAUCUUUUAGUGGACCAUACUUCCGUGGCGCUCUUUUCAAGACUGUCAGCGAUUCGCUUGCCUUCAUACAACCGCAACUUCUAAAGCUAUUGAUCAAAUGGGUCAAGUCACGUACGACCGAUGAACCACAACCUGUAAUUCGAGGAGCAGCCAUAGCCUUGGGAAUGUUUUCUGUUUCCGUAGCACAAACCAUGGCUUUGCAUCAAUACUUUCAGAGAGCCUUUGAAACUGGUAUGCGUAUAAAGACCGCCUUGACGGCAGCAAUCUACGGAAAAUCACUUAAAUUAUCGAAUGAGGGAAGAGCUAGCAAGUCUACUGGAGAUAUUGUCAACUACAUGGCUGUUGACACUCAAAGACUACAAGAUCUUACUCAAUACGGUCAACAAUUAUGGUCUGCUCCUUAUCAAAUCAUUCUCUGCAUGGUGUCUUUAUAUCAGUUAGUCGGGUUAUCAAUGUUGGCUGGUGUCGCUGCUAUGGUUCUAAUGAUUCCAAUCAAUGGCCUCAUCGCCCGCCUAAUGAAAAAGUUACAGCAGGAGCAGAUGAAGAAUAAGGAUUCUCGAACGAGAUUGAUCGCGGAAAUCAUCAACAAUAUGAAGAGUAUUAAGCUUUAUGCCUGGAGCUCUGCUUUCAUGGCCAAGUUAAAUUUCGUCAGAAAUGACCAGGAACUUAAAACUCUACGAAAGAUUGGUGCUGCCCAAUCAGUUGCCAAUUUCACUUGGUCUACCACACCAUUUUUGGUAUCUUGUUCGACAUUUGCUGUUUUUGUGUUGACUACCAACAGUCCACUAACCACUGAUAUUGUGUUCCCUACUUUAACCUUACUAAACUUAUUAACAUUCCCAUUGGCAAUUCUUCCAAUGGUUAUUACCUCCAUCAUUGAGGCCUCAGUUGCUGUCAAGCGUCUAACAUCGUUCUUCACAGCUGAAGAGUUACAGUCCGACGCGGUAAUUCUGAAGGGUCCUAUUGAAGACGACGGCGAAGAAUCUUUGACUAUCAGAGAUGCGACCUUUUCUUGGGACAGAAACUCUGACCGCAACGUCCUACAAGAUAUUCAUUUCUCUGCACAUAAAGGAGAACUUACUUGUAUCGUUGGUCGAGUCGGAGCAGGAAAGUCAUCUUUCUUACAGGCACUUCUCGGUGAUCUUUGGAAAGUUAAGGGACAGGUAGUCGUUCAUGGAAAAACAGCUUACGUAGCGCAACAGCCAUGGGUUAUGAACGCUAGCGUCAAGGAAAAUAUCCUAUUCGGUCACCGUUUUGAUCCUACCUUUUACGAUAAAACUGUCAAGGCCUGUGCACUUUCGGAGGAUUUUGCUCAAUUGCCAGAUGGUGAUGAAACUGAGGUCGGAGAGCGUGGUAUUUCCUUGAGUGGAGGUCAAAAAGCACGAUUGACUUUGGCAAGGGCAGUCUAUGCUAGAGCUGAUGUAUAUCUAUUGGACGAUUGUUUAUCCGCCGUUGAUCAACAUGUCGGCAGACAUUUGAUUGAUAAUGUCUUUGGUUCAACUGGAUUACUCAGUGGAAAGACUAGAGUUCUUGCCACAAAUUCUAUUCCCGUUCUCAAAGAAGCCAACCUCAUCUGCUUGCUUCGAGAUACUAAAAUCAUCGAGCGUGGUACAUAUGAUCAGGCCAUUGCUAGAAGAGGAGAAAUUGCAAAUCUGAUUAACACUUCCGAAAACAAGGAUGUGUCCACAGAUUCUGAAACCACCGAAACUAGCGAUUCUUCAACAAUACUUGACUUUGAGCAGCCUGGAGAAGAGGAAGAAAAAGACGAAGCUGAAGAAGCUCAAGAACAUUUGACACAACUUCAACCUAUUCGACCUGGAGGAUCAGGUGUUAAGAAGAGGAAGGGUAGCUCUAAUACCUUGAGACGUGCCAGUACAGCAACUUUCAGAGGUCCAAGAGGCAAACUACGCGAUGAAGAAGAUGGUUCGAAAUCUAAGCAGGGCAAGGAACAUUCUGAACAAGGAAAAGUAAAAUGGGAUGUGUACUCUGAAUAUGCCAAGACUAGCAAUCUUGCUGCCGUCUUGAUCUAUUUGACUAUGUUGGUUGGUGCUCAAACGGCACAGAUCAGUGGCAGUGUAUGGCUCAAAAGCUGGGCUGAGGCCAAUGACAAGCUUGGCGUUAAUCGAGAUGUCGGCAAGUACAUCGGUGUGUACUUUGCCUUUGGUAUUGGAUCUGCCGCUCUCGUGGUUGUCCAAACCUUGAUCUUGUGGAUAUUUUGUUCUAUCGAGGCAUCUAGGAAACUUCACGAGCGUAUGGCCUUUGCCAUUUUCCGAUCUCCAAUGUCUUUCUUUGAAACCACUCCCGCUGGCCGCAUUCUUAAUCGCUUUUCGAGUGAUGUUUAUCGGAUAGAUGAGGUACUUGCGAGGACUUUCAACAUGCUAUUCGUCAACACAGCUCGGGCAUUGUUUACCCUAGUCGUCAUUUCUGUAGCAAACCCCCCAUUUAUUGCCUUCAUAUUCCCGCUGGCAGGCGUGUAUUACUGGGUGCAGCGUUAUUAUCUCCGUACUUCCCGUGAGUUGAAGCGCUUGGAUAGUGUCAGCCGAAGUCCAAUAUACGCCCAUUUCCAGGAAUCUCUCGGAGGAAUCGGCACCAUCCGAGCUUAUCGUCAACAGAAACGAUUCACACAAGAAAAUGAAUGGAGAGUCGACGCUAAUUUGAGAGCUUAUUUUCCAUCUAUCAAUAGUAAUCGAUGGCUUGCUGUAAGACUCGAAUUCCUCGGAUCGAUUAUCAUCUUAGCCGCCGCCGGAUUGUCUAUCGUGACUGUGGCUGCUGGACGUCCCUUGACUUCCGGAUUUGUCGGACUAGCAAUGUCAUAUGCUCUUCAAAUCACACAAUCUUUAAAUUGGAUUGUUCGUCAAACGGUUGAAGUGGAAACAAAUAUCGUAUCUGUCGAACGUGUUCUCGAGUAUGCUAGAUUACCAAGUGAAGCUCCAGAAGUGAUUCACAGACAUCGUCCACCAAUCAGUUGGCCUGCAUCGGGCGGAGUGAACUUCAACAAUUACAGUACACGAUACCGUGAAGGCUUGGACCUCGUGCUCAAAAAUGUCAACCUUGAUAUCAAGCCACAUGAGAAGAUUGGAGUAGUCGGUCGGACAGGUGCAGGAAAAUCUAGUUUGACAUUAGCCCUAUUUCGGAUCAUCGAGCCGAGUGAGGGUAAUAUCAGCAUUGACGCAUUGAACACGUCAACAAUAGGGCUACUCGAUCUAAGACGUCGACUGGCAAUUAUCCCACAAGAUGCGGCUCUGUUUGAGGGUACAGUUCGCGAUAACCUUGACCCUGGUCAUGUACAUGAUGACACAGAGUUGUGGAGCGUACUAGAACAUGCAAGGCUAAAAGAUCACGUCUCAACUAUGAGUGGUGGGCUGGAAGCUAAAAUUCAAGAAGGCGGAUCCAAUCUUUCUCAAGGCCAACGACAACUUGUCUCUCUUGCACGAGCACUCCUUGCCCCUUCCAACAUUUUAGUAUUAGAUGAAGCCACCGCGGCGGUUGAUGUGGAAACGGAUGCACUAUUGCAGACAACAUUGCGAUCUCCACUUUUCGCGAAGAGAACAAUCAUUACGAUUGCGCAUCGCAUUAAUACAAUUUUGGAUAGUGAUAGGAUUGUAGUGUUGGAGCAGGGACAAGUUAAGGAAUUUGAUAGCCCUAAAAAACUUAUGGAGAAGAGGGGUCUCUUUUGGAAGUUAGUUAGAGAGGCGGGACUGGAGGGGAGUGUGAGGUAA